GGUCAGCAAGAAUACGCCGCUUUGCCUACGUCUCUGCCCCCGCUGAGUGACGUCAUCACGUAGGCAACGUCAGCGCGUCCAAUCAGGAACAAGGUCAAUAAUGUGCUUCCGAAACGAAGUGAUCCGAACACACGACCCGGGAUUUUGGGGGACUCCAGUGAGAACCGUCCUAGUUGCACCAGCACCGACUCCAAGUCUGGUUCCCGCACCAGCACCGACUCCAAGACUGGUUCCCGCACCAGCACCGACUCCAAGGGUGGUUUCCGCACCAGCACCUGCUUCCACGACAACGACAGCCCAGCCGCCUGCUCCGCCCACGCCGGCAGACGAGCCGCCUGCUCCGCCCACGCCGGCAGACGAUCCGCCUGCUCCGUCCACGCCGGCAGACGAGCCGCCUGCUCCGCCCACGCCGGCAGACGAGCCGCCUGCUCUGCCCACGCCGGCAGACGAUCCACCUGCUCCACCCACGCCGGCGCCUCCUCCUGUUUCCACGGCGACGUCGACUCCUCCUGUUUCCACGGCGACGUCGACUCCUCCUGCUUCCACGGCAACGUCGACGCCUACCGCUUCCACGGCGACGUCUGCUCUCUCCUCGUCUCCGGUGGGCCUUCCCAGGGCACCGCCAUCUUCCUCGCCCUCAUCUGGCGCAAAAAGCAGCGACGCCCAGGACGUUGUCAUAAAACUCUCCGGCUGCUGA